GUGUUAGAAGGGGAUGAUUCCCCAGUAACAUUCCUUGCCCUGAUCCAAGGUGCCCCUCAGCCUCCCUCCCAGGGAAGACUGCUUCUUGUGUGACGCGGACCAUAGAAAGAAACUCCAAUGGACUUACACCGGGCAGCCUUCAAGAUGGAGAACUCGUCCUACCUCCCCAACCCGCUGGCAUCCCCAGCACUGAUGGUCCUGGCGUCCACAGCUGAGGCCAGCCGCGAUGCUUCCAUCCCUUGUCAACAGCCACGACCCUUUGGUGUACCUGUCUCAGUAGACAAGGACGUGCAUAUUCCAUUCACCAACGGUUCCUACACCUUUGCCUCUAUGUACCAUCGGCAGGGUGGGGUGCCGGGCACUUUUGCCAAUCGUGAUUUUCCCCCUUCUUUACUACAUCUCCACCCCCAGUUUGCUCCCCCAAAUCUAGAUUGCACUCCAAUCAGUAUGCUAAAUCACAGUGGUGUUGGGGCUUUCCGUCCCUUUGCUUCCACUGAGGACAGGGAGAGUUAUCAGUCAGCCUUUACGCCGGCCAAGAGACUGAAGAACUGCCACGACACAGAGUCUCCCCACUUGCGCUUCUCAGAUGCAGAUGGCAAGGAAUAUGACUUUGGGACACAGCUGCCAUCUAGUUCCCCCGGUUCACUUAAGGUUGAUGACACGGGGAAGAAGAUUUUUGCUGUCUCCGGCCUCAUUUCGGAUCGAGAAGCGUCAUCUAGCCCAGAGGAUCGGAAUGACAGAUGUAAGAAAAAGGCAGCAGCAUUGUUUGACAGCCAGGCCCCUAUUUGCCCCAUCUGCCAGGUCCUGCUGAGGCCCAGUGAGAUGCAGGAGCAUAUGGAGCAAGAACUGGAACAGCUGGCCCAACUGCCCACCAGCAAGAAUUCCCUUCUGAAGGAUGCCAUGGCUCCAGGCACUCCCAAGUCCCACCUGUUGUCUGCUUCCAUCAAGAGGGAAGGAGAGUCUCCGACAGCAUCACCACACUCGUCUGCGACUGAUGACCUGCACCACUCAGACAGAUACCAGUCACCGCAUUCAGCCUCGCCAUCUAAUGAACUCGUAAAAGAGCAGCCACCAGGCAUAGGCAUGGAUGGCAUGCUACGGCAUGGCACCAAGGCCUUCUGUGAUUUGGAUUCAACCCCUCGGAUUGGGAAAAUGAAACGGAGGAAGCAAGAUGAAGGGCAGAGGGAAGGCUCCUGCAUGGCUGAGGAUGAUGCCGUGGACAUCGAGCAUGAGAACAGCAACCGCUUUGAGGAGUAUGAGUGGUGCGGGCAGAAACGGAUACGGGCCACCACUCUUCUGGAAGGUGGUUUUCGAGGCUCUGGCUUCGUCAUGUGCAGCGGCAAAGAGAAUCCGGACAGUGAUGCUGACUUGGAUGUGGAUGGGGAUGACACUCUGGAGUAUGGGAAGCCACAAUACACAGAAGCUGAUGUCAUCCCCUGCACAGGCGAGGAGCCUGGUGAAGCCAAGGAGAGAGAGGCACUCCGGGGUGCAGUCCUAAAUGGCGGCCCUCCCAGCACACGCAUCACACCUGAGUUCUCUAAAUGGGCCAGUGAUGAGAUGCCAUCUACCAGCAACGGGGAGAGCAGCAAGCAAGAGGCCAUGCAGAAGACCUGCAAGAAUAGUGACAUUGAGAAAAUAACUGAAGAUUCAGCUGUGACCACAUUUGAGGCCCUGAAGGCUCGGGUCAGGGAACUUGAACGGCAGCUAUCCCGUGGGGACCGCUACAAAUGCCUCAUCUGCAUGGACUCAUACUCGAUGCCCCUAACGUCCAUCCAGUGUUGGCAUGUGCACUGUGAGGAGUGCUGGCUGCGGACCCUGGGUGCCAAGAAGCUCUGCCCUCAGUGCAACACCAUCACAGCACCCGGAGACCUGCGGAGAAUCUACUUGUGAGCUAGCCACCCUAGGCAGGCCUUGCUUCAGGCAGCCUGCCUGACUGCCUCUGUGAUGUGACCCUACCCCUUGUACAUACUUGCACACAGGUUCCCUAUGUACAUACAUGCACACACACACACGCACAUACACACACACAGGCCUCUGGAGCCAGAGUGGAUGCUUAGGCCCAGGCCUUGCCAGGCUCCCACCAGGAUUGGGGACCAUACCUGUUCCAGGUUCUGUUCCCAGGGUGGGGCAGGGAGGUGUAGGUGGGGUGGGUAGCAGGGCAAAGCUCCUGAGAUCCAGCCCCCAAACAGACUGACAGACAUGCAAACACCAGACUGAAGCACAUGUAAUAUAGAUGUGUAUGUUUACAAUGUUGUGUAUAAAUGGGAUAACUUCUCACCCUCACCCCUCCUCUCCCCUUCGGUUGUAUGAUUUUCUUCUUUUUUUAAGAACACCUGGAAGCAGUGCCUCCUCAGAGCUGGCUGGGGGCUCGGCCCAUCCACCUCUUGGGGUGCCUGCCUCUCCCUCUCCCAUGGUGUCCCUUCCCUCUCCCAUGUGCUCGGUGUUCAGUGGUGUAUAUUUCUUCUCCCCGACAUGGGGCACAUGCCCCAAGGGACAUGAUCCUCUCCUUAGUCUUAGCUCCUGGGGCUCUUUAUAAGGAGUUGGGGGCGGGGGGGGCACAGAAAUGGGAACUGAGCUACAGCAGGGGCUGAGAUUGGGGAUGGAUGAGGGUGCUCCUGGCUGCUCAGCCUUCUGCCAAGAACCACUGCUGGGAUUAGAGCUGCUGUUCCCAGGGAAAAGUGUUGUCUCCCUGCCCCUCCCGUGGGCCCCAUGGUGUGAUGCUGUGUCUGUAUAUUCUAUACAAAGGUACUUGUCCUUUCCCUUUGUAAACUACAUUUGACAUGGAUUAAACCAAUAUAAACAGCUG